GAUGAUGAAGAGUAAGCUAGGAGGCGGAGCCUUACGGCGAUCUCGAAUAAAUAGAGAGCGAUUCUAGCUAGAAUACUACUUUUGUGCUGAGCAGGUGGAACACUUGAACGUCUAUUAAUUUUUAAACUUCAGGGAUCAAUGAUGAACACCUUUCUGUAUUUCUUCUUCCUGGGGGUUUUACUAACUCUUGCGCCACCAUGUGAAAACAUGUCAAUUAGCUCUACCAUGACAACAUUAAAGGUCCCAAUUGAAGUUGAUGAGCAAAAAACUGAACCUUCAACUACUCCAACAGAAAAAGGUCGAGAAACUACUAUAGAUGAUAAACAAGUUUCUCUAGAAGUUAAACAUGACAUUCAAGAUGGCCAGUCACAAGAAGGAGAUGUAGAACAUGUGGUUAAAGAAAAUGAUGUGACAACGUCAGUUCCUGUUGAUAAGUCGGUGGAGAAUGAUAUACAACCUGGUAUUUCAGAAAAUAUAACCUUGAGUCAGAAAGAAUCUGAAGUAGCUGAUGAGAAACAAAACAAAAGCACAACGCCAGAAGAAGUAAAAAUACCAGAAGAGGAACAAAGUACAACAGAAGUAAAAAUACCAGAAGAGGAACAAAGUACAACAGAAGUAAAAAUACCAGAAGAGGAACAAAUUACAACAGAAGUAAAAAUACCAGAAGAGGAGCAAGAUACAACAUCUGGAGUCCAACCUGAAGAAGAAAAAAAUGUUUCUACAGGAUAGUAUACAACACAGAAAGAAGAAGAAGUUAAACCAACUAACGAUUCCCAAGAGCACUGACAUGAGAAAGGCUAAUCAAGAUAUUUUUUGCAUUUCUUUCCACAUUUCAAGAUAUAAUGAAGAAAAAUGUUCGCUGUUUCUGAGCAGUGUUGUAAGUAAAUAUUGUAACUCUCCUCUGAUGGCAUACAAUUACACCCUGUAAAAUGAAGUAGUAAAUAUUUCUACUGUCCUAUUUUUAAUUCACUUACUUAGUUGUAUUCAUAAUUUUAGUUUUUAAUUUUAUUCUUACUACCUGACAGUAUUGUAACUCAUUUAUUUGACAACCUUUUUUCUAUUUAAUGGGUAUUUAAUUUAAGUUAUGAUUACUUGUGUUAAUCUUAUAACCUUUGUGAAGAAUGAAAAAUGCUCGUAUGGCAAGUUAAAAACAAAACAAAAAAAGUUCGCAGUAUUUACCAAACUCUUUGUGUUCAUGUUUUAUAAACUCGGUGUUUGGUGCCAAAAGUGCAAUAAAGUGGAGAUUAGGGAUGUAGUUGGUUAUUUCAAUAAAUGGUUUUGCUUGUUUGA